GGCUACUACACAGAAGAUGACCCAUUUUAUGGCAAUCUCAAUCAAGAUAUUUUAGAGGAAUGUUGUUACGAGCAGAUGAAGUCCCAGCCUCAAAGGCCAGUUAACCAGCUACAGGUGGAGUCUGCCCAUCAGAUGUGUUAUGCCUCACUUGAUCACAGUGUCAAGGGAAAACGCAGAAAGCCGAGGAGAAAGAAAGGCCCUUCAUUAGAGGAGGAUAAAGAAAAUAGAUCAUCUAACCCCACCAUGAUGGCUUCCAAAGUUAGCAUUUAUCUCAACAGUGAGCAGCUGGCUGCUGAAAACACGACAAACGUAGAAGCCAUUCAUGAUGAUCCCAUGAGAUUAAUGGGCUUGAUUCAUACUACAAAGGAGAGAACAUUUGAAGUGGCUUCAUAAACCAAAUAUGUAAUCAUAAAGUGAUAUCUGCUUCUUCGUUCUGGAA